AUGGUGGUCUGCCCCAUCUGCGACCGGGGCGUCAAGGCCACCGAAAUCAAUAGCCACAUCGACUCAGGCUGCCAGACAUUCCUCCUCGACGAUUCAAAGGAGCCGACCGCUUCCCCUCCGACGACAAGCGCGCAGAGCAACUCGCAGAACAACACUCAGAGCAACACUCAAAGCCAACCACCGAGCUCGACACAGAAAAAGCGGUCCGCUUCGACCUUCUUCCAGACCCCCGCCGCGAAGCGACAGCUCACGGCCGCGAGAGCGGCUACAAUCCAGAGCAAUGGCAAUGCUGGGCCGAAAGCCGGUACCAAGCGGAGCUAUGAUGAUGGACCGGGAUACACCAGCUCCCCGACAGAUACAAGAAACGGUGAUGGUGGGGAGGGGCCCGCGGCACCGGUAACCGACCCACGGCAGGCCGACGGCACAGGCGGGUCGGGCGCACCCUUAGCGAAACGGUCUAAGAACGCCCGCACCGCGCCUCUCGCCGAGCGCAUGCGACCGGACACACUCGAUCAUGUUUUUGGGCAGGACCUAGUCGGGCCGAACGGGGUGCUGCGUUCGCUGAUCGAGUCGGACCGCGUGCCCAGCAUGAUCCUCUGGGGCGGGUCGGGUACCGGGAAGACAACCAUCGCGCGGUGUAUCGCGCGCCGCGUGGGGUGUCGCUUUAUUGAACUCAAUGCCACGAGCACUGGGGUGGCUGAGUGCAAGAAGCUGUUUGCCGAGGCUGCGAACGAGCUGGGCCUGACUGGGCGGAGGACCAUCAUCUUUUGCGACGAGAUCCACAGGUUCAACAAGGGGCAACAGGAUGUCUUUCUGAAGCCGGUAGAGGCGGGGACCAUCACUCUAAUAGGCGCGACUACAGAAAACCCCAGCUUCCGAGUCCAAGCAGCGCUCCUCAGCCGGUGCCGAACCUUCACCCUCCAGUCCCUCACCGAAGACGACAUCCAACACAUCCUCCUCCGCGCCCUUCAACAAGAAGUCGAGCAAGAAGGCCUCGAGCUAUCCCCGCUCAUCGACCAAGAACUCCUCCGCUACCUCUCCUCCUUCGCCGACGGUGACGCCCGCACCGCCCUCAACCUCCUCGAACUCGCCCUCUCCCUCACCAACCGCCCCCCUUCCUCAGACUCAGAACCCGUCACCAAAGAAUCCAUCAAAGCGGCCCUCACCAAAACCCUCGUCUACGACCGCGCCGGCGACCAGCACUACGACACCAUCUCAGCCUUCCACAAAUCCGUGCGCGGCUCCGACGCCGACGCCGCCCUCUACUACCUCGCGCGCAUGCUCCAAUCCGGCGAAGACCCGCUCUUCAUCGCGCGGCGCAUGGUGGUCAUCGCGUCCGAAGACGUCGGCCUCGCCGACAGCACCCUGCUCCCGCUCGCGACUGCCGCCUACACGGCCACGCAGCAGAUCGGCAUGCCCGAGGCGCGCAUCCCGCUCGCCCACUGCGCCGUCGCGCUGUGUCUGGCGCCCAAGAGCACCCGCGCCUACAGGGGCCUGAAUAAUGCCCUGUCGGCGCUGCAGGAGCCGGGCGUGGCCGCCCUGCCCGUGCCGCUGCAUUUGAGGAAUGCGCCAACCAGGUUGAUGCGCGAUAUGGGCUAUGGGGCCGAGUAUAAGUAUCCGCCGAAUUAUAGGGAUGGGAGGGUGCGCCAGGUGUAUUUGCCCGAUGGGUUGGUGGGGAGGCGGUUUUUGGAGGAGAGGGAUUUGGGGACGGAGGUGGAUCCCGAUGUUGAGAUGGACGAGGGGGAGGGGGAGGGGAGGGGGUGA